CCUCGCUCAUCCCUACACCUGCUCAUCUCACACCUCCCACGAUGUCGCGCCGUACGCGCGAGCCCAAGCUCGAUGCCCUCCUCCCUCCCAUCCUCUCGUUGAUCGAGCAGGACCCCCCAAACGCCUACUCAGCGCACCAGAAGGCGCUCACCACCACCGCGCGCCUCGCGAAAUCAGGCCAUGGGGCCAUGGCCGUCGAGAUCCUUAGUGCUGCAGCGCGCGAGCUGCUCAAGCGCGGCGAGGCGGCUAGUGGCUCAGAACUCGGCGUGCGCAUGGUCGAGAUUAUGGGCGAGACUGGCGUUGAAGUGAGCGACCAGAGUCGUGCUACCGUGACCCAGCUUCUGGCUCUCACGCCCCCUGCCGGGCCAUGGAGGAAGAAGCUCGCCGACGCCGCUGUGAAAUGGUCCGCGCGCGCGUGCCCUGCCGGCGACCCAUCGCUCAACCAGUACCUCGGCGAGCUCAACUACAAGGACCGCCUCUUUGAGCCCGCGGAGCAGUACCUCCUAAACGCCGGCAAGCGUGACUCGGGCACCCUCUUGGCCGACAUGCUCUUCGAGUGGGGAGGCAAGGGCGCAGAAGACCCAGGCGCCUACGCCGCGCGCGGCGUUCUGCCCUUCCUUGCCAUGUCUCCACCCAACAUUCUCGCCGCGACAUCCUUCCUGCAGCGCUACCUGUCUCUCCUGUCCAGCCCCAGCUCGCCGCAGAAGGACAUCUUCAUCCUCACUGCUCAGGGCGUUCAGCUCACCACCUCGCCAACGCUCAACUUCCUUCAGCUCGCCGUACUCACUGUCCAGCGCGCCCCGGCGCCGGGCGCCAGCGCAGUACAGGCUCGAGGGAUGGACGGCGGCGUUGCCAGAGACUGGCAGCAGCUCGUGGGGCGGUACCGCCGCAUCGCGGGAAAUGACGGCGUUCUCGCCCAGAAGGAGGUUCUGGAGGUGCUGGAUGCCAUCUCGACGGGCGUGUUUCUCAUUCCACCUCCGCGUGGUGGAAACGACAUGCUCCAGAGCCUGAUGGGCAGCCUGUUCGGCGGCGGCGGAGGCGGCAUGGGUGCGAUCGGGGCGCGCUAGAUCAAGAUCAAGUUGUGACAUAGGGGCAUGCAUGUCGGUGCUGGCAGUGG